AUGUGUAGGCACGCGACGACACGUCCAGCACUGCUGGCCGUUCUCCACUGUCUGCUUUUUGUCUCCUUCGGACAAGUGGCGGACGCGCCGUCGUCCCCAUCAGCACGUCGAAUUAACUGUGAUCUGCAACAGAAGGGCUAUCAUCUCAAGCUUAAGUGCAGUUUGUUACCUGACUCUGGUGGUGACUGGGAUCAGUGCUCCAUCCAACUGGAUCUGAGUAGAGGUAGGUCCAUUGACUGUAUUUUUUUUUCAAGUUUCGCGAAAUGUCUUCAUUUGACACUUGCUGAUAGGCUACUAGGCGCUGGAAGUACACACAAAUCUGUUUUGCUCAGCCUUAGGUGUUCUGGAAUUAUUGUAUAAAGUAGCUGCCUUGGUCCUGUUCGUGGCCACAUACUUUGUGUGCGCACCGCGCACACAUUAAACAGAUAAUCAGUCAGAUUCACCACUCUCCUCUGGUUGCUUUAUCCUACGCACACCUCGGCAGCUAUCGUCAUUUCGAUCCCUUUUCGUUUGAGCUGUCCCUAUGUCUUAAAGGGUAAUGACAUGAAUGCGGCACACGAAACGUUAAUUUCACUUCUUAGCAAGAUCUACUGGAGUAUUCAAGUGGAGUAUCUCAGACUCCCUGUAUCUUGGGUAGACAGUCGGCCCCUCAGAUAGUUGCCUUCGACCUCCAUGAACACGAGACUUAUUUUUGCCGUAAUAGUCAGCACGUCAUGCAGACGGCUUCUUACUCAUAAAUCAGUCCUUUUAAUGACAUGUCUCUACAAGCCAAGUAUUCCGUGCAGACCAGGCCUAACUGAGCCUGCGUCCCCUGAAUCGGUCCACGUGAUAGAUGCGCUGAGUCGACAAGGGGUCUGUAUCGGAUUCUGACAGGUAUCAUCGGGAAUGCACACCCAUAACAAAUGUCAACAUUUGGAGUGUGUCGGUAGGCCUAGUUGCAGGUGCACGCCGUGUCGUCUUCCCCCUUUUUUUCCUGUGUAAAAUCCUGCUCAGUGUCCGUUGUGGACCAGGGGGCGUUGUAGCACGCCGAGAUGCGAGCUCGGCCGCGCCACCUACUGCCCCCCCCCCUCCCCGGUCUUCUUGACUGUCUUGACACCAGGCCCAGGUAGGGGAGGAGAGAGCGCGACAGAUGCAGCACAAGUUUACAUGCACUAUAAACUACGUCACGCGCAAGUCUUCGUUCUUGCUCUCACCCUGCUUUGAAGCACACAAUCAACAUCCUCGAAACCGACGGUUGAACUAUCCUCGUGUCGGGUGUCCCGGCUGCAGGUGAUUCGAUAGGAUGACUGCAUUUACAUUGCGUGGCCGAUCUCAUGAAGUGUUUGCCGAAAUUCUGUAACGUGUUUUCAGUUUGGAACGAUGGCGUAGGUGGGGUUGUAAUAGCGAUUAUCAUGCGGUAUAAUCCUAUGAUAUUUCAGACUCGCCAGAAUGUUGACUUUCGAAUGCACUUCUUUUCGAUCUGUAAAAGCCGCACAUAGUACGAGUUGACUACUGAACUAGUAUGCAUUUUUCACGUUGACUUUCGAUAGCCUUAUAAAUUCAAGCAUAUUUUAUAGAGAACGUGCACAAAAGUGUGCUUUCUUCUGCUCAUUUGGUAGCAAAUCACGUUGUCUUCACAUUUUAUAUUCGAAGGAAGAGCACAUCUAGGUUUUGAAAAAGUUUUCCAAUUCCCGAAUGAUUUUGGGCCAGGUCAGCCGUUGCAUUGGCGUUCAGCGAUUUCAGUCUACAAGGUGUAUACUUUACGCUUAGGGAAAAUCAUUUAUAUUCCUCUGUGCCUUUGAGCAGAUACUUUGUAAUGAAUGCGGACUAUGAUGUAUACCUCAUGAGGAGCACUAAAUAGCGGACAGGUAUGAUGCUGUAUGAAUGGACAUUGCACGGCCUCAAAAAAUCUCAGAGACUUUUCUAAAACUGAAAGGCACUCUUUCUUCGAGUAUAAAAUGUAAAGACGACGUGACUUUCUACCAAAUGGUUAAGAGAAAGCAUAUUUUGUGUAUUUUCUGCGAAAUAUAUUUUAAUUUAUAAGACUCGAAAAUCAAUAUGAAAACUCAUACUACUUAAUCAGUAAUUUUUAGCGGAUACAGUUUGUACAGGAGGUCGGAAAGAAGUGUAGUCGAAAGCUAACAUCCUGGCGAGUCCGAACUAGCGCAGGACUUUGUCGCAUGAUGGUCAAUACUACAACUCCACCUAAGUAAUCUUUCCUAGUCGAAAACGUCCUUCAGAACAUUUCAUGCGAUCGGUCAUUCACUGCAAUUUUUGCCGAGUUGUGUUCACCGUGUUAACCAUAGGAAUACAAAUUUGACAAGAUCUCUCUGUGUUUCUUUUUACUCCUUUGCUAGCAAAUCACGUCUUCCAGACAUCUGAUACUCGAAGAAAGGACAUAUUUAGGUUUUGAAAAAGUUUUCAAAUUCCUGAAUAAUUUUGAGCCAGAUCAGUCGUUGCAUUAGCAUUUAGCUACUUUAAUCUACAAGAUGUAUAUUUUCCGCGUAGGAAAGAUUAUAUAGUGCCCCGAGCCGUUAAAGAGGUACCAUGUAGUGUUCAUAAAAUUUAAUAAUGGAUGUGGACUAUGGUGUACACUCCAUGAAGAGCAUUAAUAAACGGACAGGUACGAUACUCUAUGAAUGGAUAUUGCACGUUCUUAAAAAAUCUCAUAAUUAAAAACUUUUUAAAACUUAAAAGUAUUCUCUCCGAGUAUAAAAUGUAAAGACGACGUGAUUUGCUACGAAAUGAGCAGAAGAAAGCAUAUUUUUUGCACGUUCUCCAUAACAUAUGUCUGAAUUUAUAAGGCUAUGGAAAUCAAUGUGAGAAAUGCACACCACUUGAGUAAUCAUCCUUUCAUAUUGGCCCAACUGUGAAAAACUCGGUGCCUCGGUGGGAUUCGAACCCACGCAGUAAGGGGAAGGCUUUAGUACAGCCAACGCUCUAACCACCUGAGCUACGAGGCCCCGCCGGACGACUCGAGUUUAACCAAGGCGAAGGCGACAAAGCAUGCAGAAUUUACUGACGUCAUAAAUUUCGAGACCUCUCAUUCAGCUGCACACGGUCAUCGCAUAGUUAUAUGACAAGGCAAACUGUUCAAUCAACGAUCGACCUAGAGAGAUAAAACGUGAUAGGUAACCUGAAACAUGGGUCUAGUAUGCGGGUGCAUAUGGCGAGGGGGGAGGGGGAGAGAAGUCAUCCAAGUAUGAGAGAACUUGUGCGGCGUGAUUUCGAGUGCAACGUGCGGGGAGCAUUCAGUCAUGCCGGGAGAGGGGGCGGGUGGGGGCGAAAUGAGAGGGCGCACAUGGGAACAGGGUUUCGUCCAUAAUCGAUAAUUACCAUAGCAGUGCCAGGUUUAUCACAUGGUCCAGCUGCACGUGGUCCCCGCACGUUGCACUCGAAAUCACGCCGCACAAGUUCUCUCAUACUUGGAUGACUUCUCUCCCCCCCCCUCGCCAUAUGCACCCGCAUACUAGACCCAUGUUUCAGGUUACCUAUCACGUUUUAUCUCUCUAGGUCGAUCGUUGAUUGAACAGUUUGCCUUGUCAUAUAACUAUGCAAUGACCGUGUGCAGCUGAAUGAGAGGUCUCGAAAUUUAUGACGUCAGUAAAUUCUGCAUGCUUUGUCGCCUUCGACUCGAGUUUAAUCACAUUUGGGUCAAGUUACCCGCCCAACCUACUGCAACAUCUGGAAUCCACCAAAUCUCAUACAGUAACUUGACUGCCCAAGCAGGAAUUCCUAAGUAACUCACCUAGAAUCCACCAGAUGACUACCAGGCUUAUGAGGCACCGAGUUUUUCACAGUUGGGUCAAUAUUAAUUAUUCAAAAUCUGCCAAAACAUCUAAUCAUUCUUUAACAAGUGCGGCUUUUACAGAAAAUCGAAAAGAAUUACAUUCAAAAGCCAACAUCCUGGCGAGUCGGAGAUCUUAUUGAAUUAUGCUGCACGAUAAUCAGUAUUACGACUCCACACAAAUAACCCUAAUCGAAAACGCAUUUCCAGAAUUUCGGCCAACAUUCUAUGAGAUCGGUCAUUGACUGUAGACCCUGUUUAGGACAUCCUCAUGAUGACCCCAGCGGAACGAUUUCGAACAGGUUACCCCACGCUGACAGGACGAAUACCGUCGUUUCCCCCCUCUGUGCCUGUUCCAGUCUCAGCUCGACAGAGGACGGGGAUGACGGUCGCCGCUAUGCCAGACGUUAUUUCUUCGUGGAGAAUGUCGCCGUAAUAGCUCAUAACAUCCUAGAAUAUUGUGAAGUCGCAAUAAUAUCACUUCUGGGCUCGGCUUAGAGAUCCAUACUUUGUGAUGUAGCUUAGCUAUGCCAGCGAGCAUGCAUGUUGCCUUAAGUAGGGAGUUUUGCGGUUGAGGAUCGAAAGGUUUUAUGUUAUUGUCGCAGACGUGCGGCUGGGAAACCGAAUUCCAGGCUUGUAACCUUCACCUAACGUUUGACGUAAUAGUUCGACCAUUUCAAGCACUGAGGUCCACCACGAGCUAGGCCCUGUCGUGACUUCUGCGUGGACUUGUUUGUAGUAGAACGUACUUUUGCUUCAUAAACCUUGUACUGUCUUCCGACACCCAAUUGCACGACAAGGACAGGACGACUAUAGAUAGCCAUGGACGCAGUGUCUGACAAGACCGGGUGACCCAUCUUGGCGCGCCAGACACGGCCUGGUCCCCUGUUUCUUAUGUACCUGGCUUCAGUGAGGAAGCCUUGAAUCUCACGGAAGUCAUAGGUGCCACAAAGGCCACAUUAGACGGAGUUAUUAUAGUUUGGCCCGCCUUCUAAGGGGGAAACAAGUUAGCUGGUGAUCCCCCAAACCACUACUUUUAGCGCAUCCUGUUAGUUUCCAAGGGCCUUUUGUUAUUUAUAUUGAGCAAACUUAAUGCUGGAGCGAUCUCACGCUCACCUGUCAUUGUUCAUUUCAGGUAUUUACGCAAACCCUUACGAACUGACUGACCGCCUGCCAGAGGUAAAGUUCAACAUUACUCGGAAGGCUAGUCGAGAAAGCAGCUGGUUCGCUCGAACUUUCUUCGCCAAAAACGAUGUGGAGGAGGUCUCCAGUGUGCAAGAGCUAGCCCUGCGUCCUUCGAAGGUUGAUGUCGAGGCCCCUGAAUGGCGCUCUGAAGCCUUGCGGUGGAAGUUCCUGCUCAGUUCCUCCGGUGGCCGCCAUCGAGGUUCCGAUGCCGCCCUUGAACUCAACAUACCGCUGCAUCUGCGUUAUAGGUACGCGGACCACCUCAGGUCUUAAGACCUAGACAGGAUGUCUUUUCCUGCUUUGCGCAACAAAUAUUGUCAGCCAUAGAGCGCAGUCUGACCUUGCCUGACACCCGUCUAACUCUUCUAGAGCUUCUUUUUCUCUCGCCGAGGUGAUUACGGACGCAUUUGUUCCAUGUGAUACCAAACGUGAUAGACUUUGGUUAGUGUACUAGGUGUUAGUUGAGGAACAAAACUUGGGAGCAGAGAAUCACCCGUGGAACAAACUGGGCUCUUCGGCUUCCUGUUCUCUGUCGCUCACGCUGCCAACUGGAACCGCCGAGGCCCCAGUGUGGUCCACUGUGUACAGUAGGGCAAUCAUUAGUACUUUUACGUAGGCUAAUUCCAGUGAAAUUCUAUCUUUUCAACUAAUUACCUCCUAUUCUUUGGUGGUCUACCAUCGUCCUAACCUUGUUCAACCGAAUAAAUACAAACUUGCGCUUUUUCCUCAAUAAAUUUGACGUAGAAGAUAUUGUCUCUCCCCCCCCCCCCCCUUCUACUUGUUUCCUCUCCGUACUGAGGAUCUUAUACGAAUCGUGGCAUUUUAUUGGCCGCAUAUGCUGAUGACCUUGAUAUCACUCGCCAUACCAACAAUGUUCUUAGUCUGCAAAUGUGAGGGAAUCACUUACGUUAGAGAUCCGAGCGGUCCUUUCAUAAUUAUUUACUACUCGGUUUUGAUAACUUCCUUUAGGUCGUUUCCUCCGCCAACUGUUAAGCCUUCUGAAAUCUGUUUUGGAGAAACUUUUCAGCUAGUUCGUUUUAACUUUCCUUUCAGGACGAAUUUCUUUAUAAAACCAGUUGUAGAGUACUGUUCUGCAUUCAGCGGCGGCCUGCUCCAAUCUUCUGUCCCCUAAUCUGAAUUGCCUUAUUGUAUACUGCUGUUAGUCUUCAUUGCUCCUACGUCGCUAUUCCUUAGUAUUAUUUAUAGAGGAUGGGAGAUGCUAAAAUACGUUUACCCACCUGCUGCCGUUCUACCUGCUUAGUUUUCAGUCGACAUGCAAUACAACGGCACAUUGGUGGAAAUCAUUCAAUCAUAGCGCCAUUUGAGGUGUUGGCCAGACUGCGUAACGCCUUCAGUUCCCGUAGGCUCAGCCCCUCAAAGAGUGCAUUUUUACCUACAUACGCCUUGGCGUAUUCGAAUCCACGCAGCGGGUAGAAGUGUCAUUCCUAGUUUUUGUUCCAACGCUGGACGCAGGCACGCGCCACGCCUCCGUCCACAUCCGGUGCCCACAUGUCUCUCGAUGUACGGUAGUUCGCGAAGAAGGAGACACGAUCGCUCGGCUGUGAGUCAUCAGAAGUAUGAGCUCGUGGCCGUCUGCUCGCCUUCAUCGCCACCACCAGACAACAGAGUUAGUUUUCACUGAAAAGUCGAUAAGGUUGGCAGAUAUUAUGAGCUCUACCUCGGACUUGCGCAUGUGGAAAACGUUGGACAGAGGUUUCAAGUUACGUAAACCACUGAGCCUAACCACAUUCCCAGUCGGCCCACGUAAACAGGCCACUGCAAAUUGGAGAGGUAAGAGACAACCAUGUCGAACACUUGUAAAUUCUCAAGCAUUGCCUGUGAAGCGGUCAGAUGAUGACAGUUACCUCGAUCGUACUCAGGACUGAAGGCCAGACUGUAACGUCUCUCCCUUUAUGUGACCCUUAUGACAAGGUUAGAGACCCCAUUUUUCAUUAAAGCACCUGUUUUUGUGAUGUUAAGGACCAUGUUCCGUGUGGUAUUCGAAAACGUAACUUCAGGCUCCUCAAGCACUGUGUCCACAUCCACCUACUUUCGUACGAACUCUGCAUUGCCAUUAGGACAUGGUGAGUGUGGCAAGAGAGUCGCAUAUGCCCUUUUACUCUGGUUAACUAUAAAACAAUCCACUGGAUCCGUGUUGGAAUAUCAACCUGCGUUUUGGCACUGAUAUGUUGACAGCACUUUUAUUGCGAUCAAGUGAGGUGCUGCAGACACACUUCGUAGAGCUUUUUGCUUUGGGUAGGGAGGAGGUGGUGGUAGGUGAGACGUGGAUUAACACAGGGGACUACCAGGUUUGGAGAAAAACAUGCGACAGUCUGGCCGUCUUUGCCGACGAUGUCUACCGUGUACCGCACAACAGGAUGAGAGAAGGGAUGGUGACUUGCGCAUAAAUUAGUUUAUAGUGACAGUUGACUCGCGCUGCAUCUAUCGCAUUCUCUCCUCCUCCCUCACCUGGACCCGGUGUCGAGACAGUGUUAAAAAGUUCGGGGGAGGGGCGGGAUCGGACUCAGUGGCUGACGAGGCUGGACAUCCCGUCUACGCCUGCCACAAAAGACUUGGUCCCCACACAAUGUACCAGAUAUUCACAGAACGGGCGGAUCGGACCUCACACGCUCGAGGGCACCACAUUAAAAGGGAACCAUUGAGUCUGAUUCGAUUCGCCAGCUGAUCACCCCACGUGCACAGCAAACCGAGUUAGGUUUACUUGAAAAUAUGGGACGGUUCAGAGAGGAGACCCACUGUCGCUCGUGGCCACUCACUGUCUGGAGUAGAACCAUCGCUUUCAAUUUUGCGGACACUCCGAUAGUCGGGCGGACCGCCAACAAGGUCAGACAGAUGCGUUGGAUUCGUGUCCGCCUACCAAGCGCCAAACGGUGAGGUUGAAGGCCGCAGCCCAGUCCCAGGAUUGAUGACUGUCACAAAGGUCAACACAGUAAUUUACAGUGGCAUGAGAGCGGGCCGUUUGGGUGGUUGUUUGUUCUGUUAAUACUUUCAUCUCUCUGAAUAUUGACUCAGAAACUGGUCCAAAGGCUCAGUUGAGUAAAUUAUUGAUCCCCGCGACAGCUGUGGAAAUUUUUGUGUGAAGGGGAAGGCUAUUUCGACAAUUGUAAGCAUUUACGAGACAGCCCUCACUGUUCUUUUCAGGGUUCAUGUCUUAUCACAAAUCCUUGACUCCCGCAGUGGCAGACACUCUGAAUCAACCUACCUGUUUAGACGAUUUUAACAAACCGCUGUUCUACACUUUUCAUAAUUCCCCAUCUGUACUCCCUCUUUAUCCUCUCUACAGUGUUCCGUCUCCCUCGGGGAUGCCGGACUCGAAGAAAUUAGAAAAACCGAAGCUCGUUUGCCCAAAUCGCCGUCGCCACAGUGAUGCUCUUGGUGGCACUAUUGAGGAUGAACUCGGUUCUGUCAACGAGGAAGAAGAGGAAGUUGUGGAUUCCGGGGAUGGCAAGUCUUCCAUUGUCCGAACAAACCAUGGCUGUUCUUCGGAUCUUCUCUUGGUUAUGCCCUUGACGGUGCUCUUUCUCGUCAUCGGCAUUGUUGUCCUGCUAUUGGGCUAG